GGUUCCUCCUCCUCCCGUCCUCAGAUCAGAUCCGAUCUCUCGCUCGCUCGCUCGCUCGCACCGGCCGGGCGAGACGACGCACGACCGACCCCCCUCCCCUCCCCUCCGACUGUGUCCUCUCGCCACCGCCGUCUGCCGCCAUGGCGGCGGCUAACGCCCCCAUCGCCAUGCGCGAGGCCCUCACGCUGACGAGCCUGGGGAUCGCGCCGCAGUUCAUCACCUUCACCCACGUCACCAUGGAGUCGGACAGGUACAUCUGCGUCCGGGAGACCUCGCCGCAGAACAGCGUCGUCAUCAUCGACAUGGCCAUGCCCAGCCAGCCCCUCCGCAGGCCCAUUACCGCCGACUCCGCGCUCAUGAACCCCAACACCAGGAUCCUCGCGCUCAAAGCUCAAAUACCUGGAACCACACAGGAUCACCUGCAAAUCUUUAAUAUUGAAGCUAAAACUAAAAUCAAGUCACACCAGAUGCCAGAGCAGGUUGUGUUUUGGAAAUGGAUCACCCCAAAGUUGCUGGGUUUGGUAACACAGGCAUCAGUUUAUCACUGGUCAAUUGAAGGAGAUUCUGAGCCCAUUAAGAUGUUCGAUAGGACAGCUAAUUUGGCGAAUAAUCAGAUUAUCAACUAUCGGUGUGAUCCAGCGGAGAAGUGGCUCGUGCUUAUCGGAAUUGCACCUGGUGCUCCGGAGAGGCCACAGCUGGUAAAGGGAAAUAUGCAACUUUUUUCUGUGGAUCAGCAGCGUAGUCAAGCACUUGAAGCCCAUGCUGCUUCUUUUGCAACAUUCAAGGUUCCUGGCAACGAGAACCCAUCCACCCUCAUCUGUUUUGCUUCUAAGGCAUCUAAUGCUGGAACAAUUACUUCUAAGUUGCAUAUUAUUGAACUGGGCGCCCAGCCAGGGAAACCUGGCUUUUCCAAGAAACAAGCCGAUCUCUUCUUCCCACCAGAUUUCCAGGAUGAUUUUCCUGUAGCCAUGCAGAUCUCUCAAAAGUAUGGCCUUGUCUAUGUAAUUACGAAGCUUGGGCUGCUGUUUGUAUAUGACUUGGAAACUGCCGCGGCAGUUUAUAGAAAUAGAAUCAGUCCAGACCCCAUAUUCUUGACUGCAGAGUCUUCAACAACCGGUGGAUUCUAUGCCAUUAACAGAAGAGGGCAGGUUUUGCAUGCCACAGUUAACGAUGCAACUGUUGUUCCUUUUGUCAGUGGUCAAUUAAACAACCUUGAACUUGCCGUGAAUCUUGCCAAAAGAGCCAAUCUCCCUGGGGCGGAGAACUUGGUUGUGCAAAGAUUCCAGGAACUGUUCGCACAGACAAAAUAUAAGGAAGCAGCAGAGUUGGCUGCAGAAUCCCCGCAGGGUCUUCUACGAACUCCCGAGACUGUUGCCAAAUUCCAGAGUGUUCCUGUUCAAGCUGGACAAACACCUCCACUGUUGCAGUACUUUGGCACAUUGCUUACUCGAGGGAAGCUCAAUGCUUACGAAUCUCUUGAGUUAUCUCGACUUGUUGUCAAUCAGAACAAGAAGAACCUUUUGGAAAAUUGGUUGGCGGAAGACAAGUUGGAGUGCAGUGAAGAGCUUGGAGAUCUUGUAAAGACGGUAGACAAUGAUCUUGCGCUAAAAAUAUACAUAAAGGCUAGGGCAACCCCGAAAGUCGUUGCCGCUUUUGCUGAGAGGAGGGAGUUUGACAAGAUCCUUAUAUACUCAAAGCAGGUUGGAUACACUCCGGACUACCUCUUCCUCCUCCAGACCAUCUUACGUACGGAUCCACAGGGAGCUGUCAACUUUGCUCUCAUGAUGUCACAAAUGGAGGGAGGUUGCCCGCUGGAUUAUAAUACCAUAACUGAUCUCUUCCUUCAGAGAAAUAUGAUACGAGAAGCAACAGCUUUUCUGUUGGAUGUUCUAAAACCAAAUUUGGAAGAGCAUGCUUUUCUUCAAACCAAGGUUUUGGAGAUCAACUUGGUAACUUACCCAAAUGUCGCCGAUGCCAUCCUUGCUAAUGGUAUGUUCAGUCACUACGAUCGCCCUCGUAUUGCUCAGCUGUGUGAAAAGGCUGGCCUGUACUUGCGGGCUCUCCAGGUGAGUAUUUUUGCACGGAUUCAUUUUGGGUUGAUUCUCUUUGGCUCACUAUCUAAUUGUUCUUAUACUGCAAUGCAGCACUAUGCAGAGUUACCUGAUAUCAAACGUGUUAUCGUGAAUACCCAUGCUAUUGAGCCGCAGGCACUCGUUGAGUUCUUUGGAACCCUUUCUAAAGAAUGGGCACUGGAAUGCAUGAAGGACCUUCUACUGGUCAACCUGAGAGGAAAUCUUCAAAUUGUUGUGCAGGCCGCCAAGGAAUACUGUGAGCAGCUUGGAGUUGACGCCUGUAUUAAACUGUUCGAACAAUUUAAAUCAUACGAGGGGCUCUACUUCUUCCUAGGGUCCUAUUUGAGCUCAAGUGAGGAUCCAGAUAUCCAUUUCAAAUAUAUAGAAUCAGCUGCAAGGACUGGACAGAUUAAAGAAGUUGAGCGAGUCACAAGAGAGUCUAACUUUUACGACGCUGAGAAGACAAAGAACUUUCUGAUGGAAGCGAAACUACCUGAUGCCCGUCCACUCAUAAAUGUCUGCGAUCGCUUCGGUUUUGUUCCAGAUCUUACUCACUAUCUGUACACAAACAAUAUGCUCCGGUACAUCGAAGGCUAUGUACAGAAGGUGAACCCUGGAAAUGCUCCGUUGGUAGUGGGGCAGUUACUUGAUGACGAGUGCCCGGAAGAUUUCAUUAAGGGUUUGAUUUUGUCUGUUCGAUCUCUUCUUCCUGUCGAGCCACUGGUUGAUGAAUGCGAGAAGAGGAACCGUCUACGUUUACUGACACAAUUCCUGGAGCACUUAGUGAGCGAGGGUAGCCAAGAUGUGCAUGUCCACAAUGCUCUUGGGAAAAUUAUCAUUGACAGCAACAACAAUCCUGAGCAUUUCCUUACUACCAACCCGUUCUAUGACUCACGUGUGGUGGGUAAAUACUGUGAAAAGAGGGAUCCUACUCUUGCUGUUGUUGCGUACAGACGUGGACAGUGUGAUGAAGAACUUAUCAAUGUUACCAACAAAAACUCGCUGUUCAAGCUGCAAGCUAGGUAUGUGGUUGAAAGAAUGGACGGUGAUCUGUGGGAUAAAGUUCUACAGCCUGAUAACGAAUAUAGAAGGCAGUUCAUUGACCAAGUGGUUUCUACUGCAUUGCCCGAAAGCAAGAGUCCUGAGCAAGUUUCUGCUGCUGUUAAGGCUUUCAUGACAGCUGACCUCCCUCAUGAACUGAUUGAACUUCUUGAGAAGAUUGUCCUUCAGAAUUCCGCGUUCAGUGGAAACUUCAAUCUUCAGAAUCUGCUCAUCUUGACAGCCAUCAAGGCGGACUCAUCUAGGGUCAUGGACUAUGUUAACAGACUAGACAACUUUGAUGGUCCUGCCGUCGGAGAAGUAGCAGUUGAAGCACAACUUUAUGAGGAGGCUUUUGCCAUAUUCAAGAAGUUCAACUUAAAUGUGCAGGCUGUCGAUGUUCUGUUGGAUAACAUCCGAAGCAUAGAAAGGGCGGAAGAGUUUGCAUUCCGUGUCGAAGAAGAUGCUGUCUGGAGCCAGGUUGCCAAGGCCCAGUUGCGUGAAGGUCUAGUCAGCGAAGCAAUCGAGUCCUUCAUUCGUGCAGAUGAUGUGACACAUUUCCUUGAUGUCAUCCGCGCUGCGGAGGAAGCCAAUGUAUACCAUGAUUUGGUCAAGUACUUGUUGAUGGUAAGGCAAAAGGCAAGGGAGCCCAAAGUCGACAGCGAACUCAUCUUUGCAUAUGCUAAGAUUGAUAGGCUCAGUGACAUUGAAGAGUUUAUUCUGAUGCCGAAUGUUGCCAAUCUCCAAAAUGUUGGCGACCGUCUGUAUGAUGAAGAGCUCUAUGAAGCUGCAAAGAUCAUCUAUGCCUUCAUCUCAAACUGGGCUAAGCUGGCUGUCACUUUGGUCAAGCUAAAGCAGUUCCAAGGUGCUGUAGAUGCUGCUCGCAAGGCUAACAGCGCUAAAACAUGGAAGGAGGUCUGCUUUGCUUGUGUUGACGCUGAGGAGUUCCGUCUAGCACAAAUCUGUGGUCUCAACAUUAUCGUUCAGGUUGAUGACUUGGAGGAAGUGAGUGAAUACUACCAGAACAGAGGAUGUUUCAGUGAACUUAUUUCCCUCAUGGAGAGUGGUCUUGGACUUGAGCGGGCACACAUGGGCAUCUUUACUGAAUUGGGAGUUCUCUAUGCCAGAUACCGCCCUGAGAAGCUCAUGGAACACAUCAAACUCUUCUCCACCCGUCUCAACAUUCCUAAGCUUAUCCGUGCUUGUGAUGAACAACAGCACUGGAAAGAGCUUACAUACCUAUACAUUCAAUAUGAUGAAUUUGACAAUGCUGCUACCACUAUCAUGAACCAUUCUCCAGAUGCAUGGGAUCACAUGCAAUUUAAGGAUGUCUGUGUUAAAGUUGCAAAUGUUGAGAUUUAUUACAAGGCAGUGCAUUUCUAUUUGCAAGAGCACCCUGAUCUCAUCAAUGAUCUUCUCAAUGUGCUCGCACUUCGUUUGGAUCAUGCCAGAGUUGUAGAUAUAAUGCGCAAGGCUGGUCAGUUGCAUCUUGUGAAACCGUACAUGGUUGCAGUUCAGAGCAACAAUGUCUCUGCUGUCAAUGAAGCUUUGAAUGAGCUUUAUGUCGAAGAGGAGGACUACGAGAGGCUCCGUGAAUCUGUUGACAUGCAUGAUAACUUUGAUCAGAUAGGUCUUGCCCAGAAGCUUGAGAAGCAUGAGUUGCUUGAGAUGAGAAGGAUUGCUGCCUACAUUUACAAGAAGGCUGGCAGAUGGAAGCAAUCCAUUGCCCUAUCGAAGAAAGACAACAUGUACAAGGAUUGCAUGGAGACAUGCUCACAGUCUGGUGACCGUGAGCUCUCAGAGGACUUGCUUGUCUAUUUCAUCGGACAGGGAAAGAAAGAAUGUUUUGCUUCUUGCCUCUUCAUUUGCUACGACUUGAUUCGUGUGGAUGUUGCUCUUGAGCUUGCAUGGACGAAUAACAUGCUGGAUUUUGCGUUCCCCUAUCUAUUACAGUUCAUCCGUGAGUACACAAGCAAGGUGGAUGAUUUGGUGAAGGACAGAAUAGAAUCGCAGAAGGAAGAAAAAGCUAAAGAGAACGAAGAGAAGGAACUAGUUGCGCAGCAGAACAUGUACGCUCAAUUGCUUCCUCUGGCCUUGCCUGCUCCGCCCGGCAUGAUGGGCGGUCCACCUCCGAUGGGUGGAAUGGGCAUGCCGCCGAUGGGCGGGAUGGGUAUGCCUCCGAUGGGUCCUGGUCCAAUGCCAGCAUACGGGAUGCCUCCAAUGGGAAGCUACUGAGUCAACCAGCCUCUGUUGUAUGAAUUUGAAGAGUACAGAUGAUGUGAAGUAUUUCAGUUGAUGCAGAGGGAGGGAAAGAAUCAUGAAUGUCUAUCCCAGAGAGGUAUCUUCCAAGGUGUAUAUCUGCGUCAUUGGUUGUUCCAGUUAAUAUUCUUUUGGUACCAGGACAAUUUUGGCAAGCGAAAUCUCUAGCCGAGCUUGAGUUAAUUACAGGAUUGCUAUAUUAUAUAUAUUAUAUUACGGUCGGAUAGGAUGAGCAGCAGCAUGACUGGUUAGGCCCCUGGUACCAUUUGUAUAGGUGUUAUAUUGGAAGUCUGUAGACAUUCUGCAUGUACACUCGUCGGUGUUGGUGUUGCUGCCAGCCAUAAACACAUCAAAUACUGUCUGUAUGUUGUUAAUUACCGGUUUCGAUCUCUUGUCCAGUGCUUA